ACUGUGUUUAUGAUAAUGCAUGAUGUUUUAAUACUCUAAGAUUACAAAAGGAGGAUUCCUGGUUUUAUCUCUGACGUCAUCAUCAUGAGAUUGUCUCCAGUUUUCCAACAUCUGCUGGUGUUCAUAUCAGUCCUGUCACUCUCCAGAGUACAAACAACAGCAGAAAUAUUCUACCCAUUCGGCUCAGCAGCUGGAGACACAAACAAUACUGCUGCUGAUGAUGGAAGCUCCUCUGUUAUUCAACUGUUGAGUCCAUUUCCAUUCUUUGGCCGCACAUACCAGCAGAUUUAUGUUAAUAAUAAUGGACACCUCACAUUUAACCAGCCUUCAUCAGCAUUUGUUCCCUACUCAUUCCCCGCUAGAGGAAGCCAAGAUGUAAUUGCUGGUCUCUGGACUGAUCUUGACAACCGUCAGAGAGGUGUAGUUUCUUAUCAUCAGUACACCAGUGGAAAUGUUCUCACACGUGCCACUCAGGAUAUAAACACACAUUUCCCAAAUCUGAACUUCACCGCUUCUUGGGUCUUCGUUGCAACUUGGGAUAAAGUCGCUUACUUCAGCUCAACCAACACAGAAACAUCCUUUCAAGUCAUUUUAAUUGCAGACAGUAAUUUUUCAUUUAUUCUGAUGAAUUAUGGUGAAAUUGCUGUAACAGGACAUCCAGUGCAGGCUGGUUAUGACACAAUAAACUCCACACACUACAUAGUGAUCAAUGGAUCAAACAGUGGCAGCUCCAUCUCAAACCUCAGGAACUCCAGUAAUGUCGGUGUUUCAGGACGAUGGGCCUUCAGGGUGGAUGGUGGACUACAAAUUUCUGAAGUAAACCCCACAUCGUCAACCACCACAGUCUCAACAGCCAUUCUCCCAGUGACUGCAAAACCAGCACCAGCAAUAUUCUACCCAUUCGGCUCAACAGCAGGAGACAAAAGCAAUCCUUUUGAUGAUGAUGGGAGCUCUUCAGUUAUUCAGCUGUUGAGUCCAUUUCCAUUCUUUGGCCGCACAUACCAGCAGAUUUAUGUUAAUAACAAUGGACAUCUCACAUUUGACAAGCCUUCAUCACUAUAUACUCCUUACUCAUUUCCUGCUAAUAGAAGCCAAGAUAUAAUUGCAGGUCUCUGGACAAACCUUAACAACAAUGUGAGAGGUGUCAUUUCAUACCAGCAGUACACUGACGGAAAUGUACUUACACGUGCCUCUCAGGAUAUAAACACACAUUUCCCAAAUCUGACUUCCAACGCUUCUUGGGUCUUUGUAGCAACUUGGGAUAAAGUCGCUUACUUCAACUUUAGCAGUACAGAAACAUCUUUUCAAGUGGUUUUAAUUUCAGAUGGAAAUUUUUCAUUUAUUCUGAUUAAUUAUGGUGACAUUGCUGUAACAGAACAUCCAGUGCAGGCUGGUUAUGACACAGUAAACUCCACAGACUACUUUGUGAUUCCUGAAUCAAACAAUGGGAGCAUCAUCUCAAACCUCAGGAACUCCAGUAAUGUUAAUGUUACAGGCCGAUGGGUCUUCAGGGUGGACAGUGGACAACACAACAUCUCUAAAGAAACAGAAACCACAAACUCGACAGUCAUUGGAUUUCGAGUGAGAAUUAAAUCAUUUCUUGACCUAACAAACAGUACAAACACCAAUACAGUUUUACAGCAAAUAAAACGGGAAAUGGUCAAGUACGGUCUGCCAAACAGCAUCGAGUUGAAAUUAAGAAAAGUGCAAAGGAUAAAUCCAUAAUACCGGUCUCCUUCAGGAAAAGAAAUAAAACCGGUUACUAUCUUAACUGUGCUCAGCGAAUAUCCCAGUGAUCAUGUAAAGAUUUAAAGACACCAGUUUUCAUUAAACACCACAUCAGCCAGUCUACAUUUCUGUAUUAAUCAGCACUGAUUUUGAUACAGCCUUCACGUAGCUGUAAAAAUGUAAAAAGUUCAGUUCACAGGUAAUGCAUGAACUGAAAAAAUAUCACUUGAAUGCAAUGUACCGUAAGUUUCUUUUGAACAAAAGCUUCUGCUAAAUGCAUUAAUUCAAUAUGUCAUAUAUACUAUAUAUAUAUACUAUAUAUACAUGAUUCUGUCUGCUGCUUUCUGUCUGUAAAGUAUUUAAAUACAGGCAGAACUUAAUCAGGUUAAACAUCAUAUUGAAUUUUACAUGCAUGAAAAUGGGACUGUUGGGGAUACAUUUACUGUAUUUACAAUAGCAUUAUCAUCAUAGCUUUAGAAAGGUACCAAAUCGUGUAAUUUUCAAAACUCCCAACUUUCAAAACUGUUUUAUGUAGUUCUUUUCUAUUGAAAGUUAUUUUCAGAAAAAUGUUCACAAACAACAGUACAAUCCAUUGAAUGCACUGUACUACUGCUAUACUGCACUGUAGCUUUGUUUUCAUUUCUGUCAAAAAUAAAUAGGCUAUGGCACUAUGACUAUGUAUAGAAAAUGUAUGACAAUAACGUUCAAGGAUAAAUAUAUUAAUAUUAAAACUGUAGUGUAGCAAAGACAGUUAUAUUCAAGCCAUUUUAAGACGAAUCAAUUAUUUUCAUGGGGAAAAAUGUACAAUGUUGUCUUGAGGGGACUUUAAGAAGAAAAUGCUUUAAAAUUCUUUAU